GUCUGUAACUGGUCAUUCCAAAUUCAAAUAACGAACGUUCAAUAAAAUUGUUUUACAAAGAAUAUCGUUAAAAUUUAAAAUAGGACCGUUAAAAAAAACAAUUUUGAUUUCAAGAAUCGAACGAUGUGGUUCUUUCUGUUACUAGUGUUGUGCUUAGUGUAUUCUCUAUGGCGUUUGCGGUACUUCGCGUCGAAUGGUGUGAAGACUUUGGUACCGGUCCCGUUUUUGGGGAAUCUGACGGCGGUUACUUUUGGACGAGAGAACUUUGUGGAGGUCAUUGAAGCUGGUUAUAAUAAGUUCAAAGAUCAGAGAUAUUUCGGCAUCUACCAGUACCACGUCCCGACCCUGGUGCCCCGCGACCCCGAGCUGAUCCGCCGCAUCAUGGUGGCAGACUUCCACGCCUUCAGCGACCGCGGGGUCCACAUCGACCAGGCCUGCGACCCGCUCUUCGGCAGGAACCUCAUCAUGCUAAGGGGUUCACGAUGGCGCACAAUGCGAGCGGCGCUAACUCCAGCCUUCUCUGCGUCGCGCUGUCGCAGCAUGGCGCCUCUCAUGGCAAUCUGCGCGAAGAACGUGCAGAUAUAUCUGAGUGAGCGAGUGCGAGAAGGCAUACAGCUAGAUGUUGACGAGAUCUCAACAGCAUACGUGAACGACGUGAUCGCGUCUUGCGCGUUCGGGUUCGCGACGGACUCUCUCCAAGACCCUCACAACUGCAUUUUCCGGCUGGCAAAGAGGGCUGUUGUCCAGGACACCACGCAGAUCAUGAAGUUCUUCGGCUAUGAGAACAUGAAGACACUCAUGCAGUUGCUGAAUGUGAAGAUAAUAAAGUCCAGCGACGCGGAGCAGUUCGGUGAGCUGUUCAAGAGUGCGCUGCGCGCGCGCCGCGCCGGCGCCGCGCCCCGGCCCGACUUCAUACAGACCCUAGUGGAUGCUGCUGGCAAGGCAACAACAGGUGCAGAAAAUUUCUCCGACGAUGACCUGGUGGCGCAGGCCGUGCUGUUCUACAUCGCGGGAUACGACACCACGGCUAAUCUCCUCAACUACUUCCUCCUAGAAAUGGCAGCCAACCCUACUAUACAGGAAAAGCUGCAGAGUGAACUGGACCAGCUACCAGGGUCACACGAGGACAAGGAGGCUUACGACAGUGUCCAGGGGCUGGAGUACUUGGAGAUGUGUGUCUGUGAGGUUCUGAGGUUGUGGCCGCUGGUCGGGGCGGCGGACCGGCGCUCGGUGGCGCGCUAUGACUUUGGUCCGAACCAGACCGGUGGAGACACACACUACGUUGCAGGGGCGGGCGUGCACGUGUGGCUGCCAGUGUACUCGCUGCACCGCGACGAGCGCUACUGGGCCGAGCCGCAGCGCUGCGACCCGGGGAGGUUCUCCGCCGCCAACAAGCAGCACAUUCUGCCCUACACUUACAUGCCUUUCGGGACCGGGCCUAGGCACUGCAUCGGGUCCCGUUUCGCGACGACAGCGGCCAAGGUGUUCCUGGCCCAGUUCCUCCGACACUACACCGUCAGCGGCGGCGGCUCGAGGCAACUCCACCCCCGCGCCUUCAUCCUGCGCCCCAAGCACGGCUUCACACUCACUGUCACCCCGAGAAACAAUCAUAUAUCCGCGUAAACUUUAUGAUGGUCAUUGUUUUCUAUGUACCUAACCUUAAUUAUAACAACCAAAAGG